ACUUUUUUUUAAUAAAUGUAAUAAAUCCUUUAGUCGACAAAACAGGCGAAGUCUUCGUCCAUUUUGUACAGCCACAUCAAUGUGCCACCUUAUUGUUGUCAAUUUUCUUACCAUAACUCUCUGCUCGUCAGUAAACUUUUCAAGUUAAAAUUAACCCCCACCGAGAGUUCUUACCAAUGAUAUUGACUUUCGGACAUGAUGAGCUGUCAGAAACGAGAGCUGUCUUUUUCUGUUUCAUGGUCCUCUUAUAUAUCCCACAACAAUCUUGGCUACUUCUUCAUGCAGUUUUAAAUAGACAUCAUCAUCACUUCUUCUUAAACCCAAACUCAGAAAGAAAACUAAAAAGAAAUGGAUCUUCUAUGUCUCCUCUCUUCUCUUCUCAUCUCUUACCUCAUCUUCAAGAUCUGGAAACGCAUAGAUUGCAAAAGAGAUCAAAACUGCUACAUCUUGGACUACCAAUGUCACAAACCUUCUGACGAUCGUAUGGUGAGUACUCAAUUCAGCGGUGAGAUCAUCCUUCGAAACAAACACCUUAGACUCAACGAGUACAAGUUCCUCCUCAAAGCCAUCGUUAGUUCAGGUAUCGGAGAGCAAACGUACGCACCAAGGCUCUUUUUUGAAGGCCGUGAAGAGUGUCCUACUCAACAAGAUGCGCUCUCGGAGAUGGAAGAGUUUUACAUAGACACAAUCAAGAAACUCCUCGAGAGAAACAAACUCUCACCUACGGAUAUCGACGUCCUUGUAGUCAACGUUGCGAUGCUAAACUCAGCACCUUCUCUAUCUGCAAGAAUCGUUAACCACUACAAGAUGAGAGAAGACAUAAAAGUAUUCAACUUGACGGCAAUGGGAUGUAGCGCUAGUGUUAUCUCCGUAGACAUCGUUAAAAACAUCUUCAAAACGUACAAGAACAAGCUUGCUCUUGUUGUAACAUCAGAGUCGCUUAGUCAGAACUGGUACAGCGGAAACAACCGGUCUAUGAUCCUAGCUAACUGCUUGUUCCGAUCCGGUGGCUGCGCCGUUCUCUUGACCAACAAGCGUAGUCUGAGCGGUAAAGCCAUGUUUAAGCUCAAGUGUUUGGUACGGACCCACCAUGGAGCCAGAGAAGAUUCAUACAACGCAUGUGUCCAAAAAGAGGACGAGCUAGGCCGUGUCGGUAUCCACUUAGACAAGACUCUUCCAAAAGCAGCGACUCGGGCCUUCGUAGACAACCUCAAAGUCAUCACUCCCAAGAUUCUUCCCGUGACCGAGCUCUUUAGGUUCAUGUUGAGUCUUCUCCUCAAGAAGCUUCGUGGAAACCCUAGCAAAGGCUCCACGGCAGUGGCUCAGGCAGCUCCAAAGGCAGGGAUUAACUUCAAGACUGGUAUUGACCAUUUCUGCAUUCACACGGGAGGUAAAGCCGUUAUCGACGCAAUAGGUUACAGCCUCGACUUGUCCGAAUACGAUCUUGAACCGGCGAGGAUGACGCUACACCGGUUUGGGAACACGUCAGCGAGUAGCUUGUGGUAUGUUUUGGGGUAUAUGGAAGCUAAGAAGAGGCUGAGAAGAGGAGACAGAGUGUUCAUGAUAAGCUUUGGGGCAGGUUUCAAGUGCAAUAGUUGCGUUUGGGAGGUUGUGAGGGAUCUUAACGUUGGAGAAUCUUUGGGGAAUGUUUGGAACCAUUGCAUUGAUCAGUACCCUCCACAAUCUAUUGUGAAUCCUUUUCUUGAGAAGUAUGGUUGGAUUCGUGAAGAAGAUGAUCAUGACACUUUCAAGAUCCGCGAAGAAGCUAUGUGACAUGUUUUCUUGUAAUAAUUAAAAUACAUACAGUUAUUUCAAAACGUAAAUCCCCCCAUAAAAAGGUGACUAUUAUCUUUUUCUUUUUA